AUGAAGCAUAUUAUCAAGCCGUAUGAGCACGCCAAUGACACGGCAAGAAAUAACUCAGACUGCCCUGAUGUAGUUUUGCCAGAAGAAAUAUUUUUCACAAUCUCCAUUAUUGGGGUUUUGGAGAACCUAAUUGUCCUCUUGGCUGUGAUCAAGAAUAAAAAUCUCCAGUCUCCCAUGUACUUUUUCAUCUGCAGUUUGGCCAUUUCUGACAUGUUGGGCAGUCUGUAUAAGAUCUUGGAAAACAUCCUGAUCAUGUUCAGAAACAUGGGCUAUCUCAAGAGUCGUGGCACCUUUGAAAGUACCGCAGAUGACAUCAUUGACUGCAUGUUCGUCCUCUCUCUGCUGGGCUCCAUCUUCAGCCUGUCUGUGAUUGCUGCUGACCGCUAUAUCACCAUCUUCCAUGCCCUGCAGUACCACAGCAUCGUGACCAUUCGCCGCACUAUCAUCACCCUAACGGUUAUCUGGGUGCUCUGCGCGGGGAGCGGCAUCACCAUGGUGAUCUUCUCCCACCGCAUUCCCACAGUGCUCGCCUUCACGUCGCUGUUCCCUUUGAUGCUGGUUUUCAUCCUGUGUCUCUACAUUCACAUGUUCUUACUUGCCCGCUCCCAUGCCAGGAAGAUCUCUACCCUUCCCAGAGCCAACAUGAAGGGUGCCAUGACGCUGACCAUCCUUCUUGGGGUCUUCAUCUUUUGCUGGGCCCCCUUCAUCCUCCAUGUCCUCUUAAUGACCUUCUGUCCAAAUAACCCCUACUGUGUUUGCUACAUGUCUCUCUUCCAGGUCAAUGGCAUGUUGAUCAUGUGCAAUGCAGUCAUUGACCCCUUUAUAUAUGCCUUUCGGAGCCCAGAGCUCAGGGAUGCGUUCAAAAAGAUGCUCCCAUGCAACAGGUAUCAGUAG